AUGACGAUCGGUAGUACAGAUCUUCAAGGAUCGGAUUUUCGGCGAGGUCGUUCCCCUAAUAUGAUGUUUCAAAGAAACACUAGUUCUGUUCCCCAAGCUCAAAGCACUACUUCGUUUCUUCGUCAUAGUAAAAACAAUCGUGGUAGUGUUUCUCACUUGGAGGAAGAUGUGUCAGAACGUGACUCUGAAGUUGAUAAGCAGCCCAAACCGCAGUUUAACUCGGAAUGCUUUCGAAGAAUGGAGUUGAUGAUUGAGUUUGCAAAUCUGCGUAAUCCUAAACAUUGUCCAAGUGGUGUUUACGUAAUGCCUGCAGCUGAUAAUUUUCAUAAGUGGUUUGGCGUGAUUUUUGUUCAUAAAGGAUAUUACAAGAAAGGCGUAUUCAAAUUUCAGAAAAGACCAUCUGUCUCGUUCAGUGACAGUGAACUUUUUCACCCACUCAUAGAUCCCAAUACCGGCAACUUCUCCCUUGCUCAUGAGUUCAAAGACUGGACACCACAUAAAUAUUACAUUUUCCAUAUUCUUCACUAUAUUAAAAGGUCGUUCAAAAAAUUGGUAUUAGACAAUCUGAAUGAGAAAUACUGUCUGAAUAAGAAAGCUUACACUACGUAUCGUGAUGAAAUUCACACUUUUGCUAAAAUGGCGAAGCAGUGCGCAGAUUUGUCAAUUUCCGGAACAAAACUAUAUGAAGAUCACUCAGAGGUCAAGGAAGACGCGAACCCUAUUCGCUUCGCAAAACUGGAUACAGAAGAUUUUGAGGAACUGGAAAAAUUGAAAAAGACGUAUUUAAUUCCUCCGGCUUCACCUGAUAAAGAAAAAGAACGAACUCCUAGAAGACCCUUUGCCUCGACUCCUAUAAUUUGA